GAAGUAUCAUUAACUUUUCUUUGUUGGUUUGGGGGUGAGUAGGAAAACGGGGCACAAACAUUAUAAAUGCUUUAAGCGGUUCCAAUUGGAAGGUUGAAGAAGCAAAGAGAGAAUGAAGAAACGUAUGCCUUAUGUUCUGCUAAUAUUCCUUUGGGUGUUACGCUAUUCAAGCGCUGAAGAAGCUUUCGAUGUUCGCAAACAUCUCUCCACUGUCUCUAGAUAUGGUGUUGUGAAAGACGUGGCUGACAAUAACUUCGUACCUUCUAAGAUUCCCGAGGGAUGUAUUCCGAUCCAUUUGAAUCUUGUGGCAAGACAUGGAACUCGUUCUCCUACAAAGAAAAGGAUAAGGGAGUUGGAUAAUUUGUCAGCUCAUCUGGAAGUUCUAGUAAAAGAUGCAAAAGAGCGAAAAUUGCCUUUGGAGAGAGUUCCUUCCUGGCUAAAUGGAUGGAAAUCUCCUUGGCAGGGAAGGCUUAAGGGUGGUGAGUUAAUUAGCAAAGGAGAGGAAGAAUUAUAUGAUCUCGGAAUCAGAAUUGCAAAAGAGUUUCAAAAUUUGUUUGAUGAGGAAUACCAUCCAGACAUAUAUCCUAUUAAGGCAACUCAGGUUCCCCGAGCAUCAGCUAGUGCUGUGGCAUUUGGAAUGGGACUUUUCAGUGGCAAUGGAAGUCUUGGACCUGGGAAUCAUCGAGCUUUUGCUGUUAUAAGUGAAAGCCGUGCUAGUGACAUCCUGCUGAGAUUUUAUGACUGCUGUCAUAACUACAAGGAUUUUAGGCAAAGGCAGGAACCUGCAGUUGAUAAACUUAAGGAACCUAUCUUGGAUGAGAUUACAUCUGCAUUAGUUGGGCGCUAUGGGUUGAACUUUACAAGACAAGAUACAUCUUCUCUCUGGUUUUUGUGCAAACAGGAAGCAUCCUUGUUGGAUAUAACGAAUCAAGCAUGUAGUCUUUUCAGCCCUUCUGAGAUUGAAUUGCUGGAGUGGACAGAUGAUCUAGAGGUGUUUAUUCUCAAGGGUUAUGGUAAAUCACUAAACUAUAGAAUGGGAAUGCCGUUACUUGAAGAUGUUGUUCAAUCCAUGGAACAGGCUAUUAAGGCUAAAGAAGAAAGACAUGCUCCUGGCAGCUUUGAAAAGGCAAGACUUCGGUUUGCACAUGCUGAAACUGUAGUUCCAUUCUCAUGUCUACUUGGGUUAUUUCUUGAAGGAUCUGAGUUCAAAAAAAUUCAGGAGGAGCAACCUUUGGAGCUCCCUCCAAAGCCUCCACUGAAAAGAAAAUGGCGGGGUAACACUGUGGCUCCUUUUGCUGGUAACAAUAUGCUGGUUUUGUAUAGUUGUCCUGCUCCAGACAAAUCUACAAGCAAGUACUUUGUGCAAGUGUUACACAACGAACACCCUGUACCAAUGCCAGGUUGCGAUGGCUCUGAUUUCUGUCCAUUUGAAGUAUUCAAGGAAAAAAUAGUUGCACCUCAUCGGAAACAUGACUACCAUACAGUCUGUAAUGCAGACCUAGAGCAGAAGCCCUCUGGCGGCAAGGCUUUUCAAAUAUUUCAGUGGCUUUCCUCACUUGGGAAAGGUGAUAAGUACCCUAAAGAUGAACUUUAGUUUGUUUCCUAGGAAAGGAGUCUCAAUUCUUAAGUUUUUUGUUUCCUUGGUGAUGCCUCUUAACAAAUUUCCAGACAUGAGCACCUAUUCCUCAUAGGAGAGAAUCAAUUUUACUUACUGUGCUGCCUGUACAGGAAUGCCUUUGUUAUCUUAAAGCUUGGUGCUUGAGCCCUCCUCUUCUGUAGCAUCUAACACCAGAGAAUUUUGAGGUGGAAAGCUGAGUUCUAAAUGUCAUUUUUCUUUUUCCUAUGAUAGCGUGACUCUCAGUACUGGACUGAUUCCAAAGAUGGUUUAUCUUGAUGUGUCAUAUUUCGUGCACACAUGGUUUCCUUAGCACCACUCUCUUGAACUCCAGUUUUGUUCUUUUUGAUUAGUAGAUACUGGACCAGCGAGCUUCUCUGACCAGUAAUGAUUGUGCUUUUGUGUGUGCUUCUUGUAUGAGCUGCUGUGGAUAAAUGAUAUGAUUUUACGAGACAAAUAAUCAUAGUGUGAUGCAUGACUCGCUUGCAACAAUGUCGUCGCCAGGAGUAACAUUUACCAAUACAUUUCUGUAGCUGACAACUUCAUUAGAAUAACACACGCUCCGGUGCUAGGCUUCGUGCCUUUUUGGCAUUUUAGAAGAAUCAAUCUCUUAUCCUAACACAUUUUAAUGUGAAUUUUAUGAAUUUUAUGGUUGGUUGAUUUGGU